UUCGGCGCAGACUGAAGUGCGCGGCAAAAGAAGUGCGACACAAAACACAAAACAAUGUGGCUGGGGUACUGCUGAGCAAACGGGUAUUGCAGGUGUAGGCUGCAUCAGAAGACACACAAUGGGUUUGCAUUCAUCCCAGAAGAAACACUUCCCCUUGCGGGGGAUCGACGGCGUCGUUCAGCUCUUCGACGCCGAGCUCCGCAAGUCCGAGCCGGACCUCGCCCUCCUCUCCCUGGUCCUGGGUUUCAUCGAGCACUUCCUCGCCGUGAACCGCGUCGUCCCCGUCAACGUGCCCGGCGUGCGAUUCGAGCCGCUGGAGCCGGACUGUCCCAACUCGUGUUUCCCCACCGUAGAGCUGGGCAUGAUCUCGGCGCUGUACGAGCGCUUCACGGCGCAGAUCCGCGGGGCCGUGGACCUGUCCCAGUACAGGCGGAUGGCGGCGGGGUCCAGUCGAGAGCUGGUGAAGAAGGUGUCGGACGUGAUCUGGAACAGCCUCAGUCGUUCUUACUUUAAAGACCGUGCCCACAUCCAGUCUCUCUUCAGCCUCAUCACCGGGACCAAAUUGGACAGCUCGGGCGUCGCCUUUGCAGUGGUGUCGGCCUGCCAGGUCCUGGCCCUGAAGGACGUACACCUGGCCUUGUCCGAAGACCACGCCUGGGUCAUCUUCGGCAAGUGCGGCGACGAGACGGCCGAGGUCACCUGGCACGGCAAGGGGAACGAAGACCGGCGAGGGCAGACCGUUGCGGCGGGAGUCAACGAAAAGAGUUGGCUGUACCUCAAGGGCUCCUACAUGAAAUGCGACCGCAACAUGGAGGUGGCCUUCAUGGUGUGCGCCAUCAACCCCUCACUGGACCUGCACACUGACAGCUCGGAGCUGCUGCAGCUUCAGCAGAAACUACUGUGGUUGCUCUAUGAACGAGGUGACCUGGACAGGUAUCCAAUGGCGAUGGGGACUCUGGCAGACCUGGAAGACCAGGACCCAAUGCCAGGCAAGGAGAGCCCACUGGAAAUCCACUUGAAGGCCGUCAGCUCGGCCCAGAAACAUUACAACAACGAGCACAUCUACCCCUACAUGUACUUGGCGGGCUUCCACUACAGGCACAGGAACGUGCGGGACGCGCUGAGGGCGUGGGCCGACGCUGCCCAGGUCAUGCAGGACUAUAACUACUUCCGCGAGGACGAGGAGAUCUACAAAGAGUUUUUCGACAUCGCCAAUGACGUCAUUCCCACUCUGCUCAAAGAGACCGCCGCCGCUGCGGAGAGUCCCGCAGAAGGCGGCGAUGCGGGUGAAGCGGAGCAGCCCAAGCAGCAGCAGGCGGCAGCGGCGGCGGCUCUCUCGGCGCUGCAGGACCCGGAAUGCUUCGCCCACCUGCUGUGCUUCUACGACGGCAUCUGCAAGUGGGAGGAGGGCAGCCCCACGCCAGUGCUGCACGUGGGCUGGGCCACUUACCUGGUCCAGUCCCUCAGCCGCUUCGAGGCACAGGUGCGUCAGAAAGUGUCCAUCAUCACCAAAGAGCCAGAAUGUCAGGAUGACGACGACGCGUCCAGUGAGGAUCCCUGGGAGGGGCGCAGGCGAGGCCCCCGCAGGGAGUCCAAGCCGGAGGAGCAGAAUUCUCCCCUCCCCGCCGCCCCCACCUCCCCGACUUCCCAGACCACCACAACCGCGACGACGGUCCAGCCCAAGAAGGUCGGAGAGGGAGGCGCCCGCCGCCGCUCCGAGGGCAAACCCAAGUCCCCUGGCUCCAACGCGGGGGCGUCCUCCCCGCUGCGGGCGGCGUCGCCGGCGCCGCCGCCCCGCCCGGCCGCCCCCGUCGUCGCCUUCCAGAGUGAGAAGAUGAAGGGCAUGAAGGAGCUGCUGCGCGCCGCCAAGGUGAACUCCAGCGCCAUCAAGCUGCAGCUCACCGCCCAGUCUCAGGUUCAGAUGAAGAGGCAGAAGAGCACGCCGCCCGGCGAUUACUCCAUGUCCUUCAUGAAGAGGCAGCGCAAGUCGCUUUAGGACGAAACCUAGUGUGCACACCAGUUCAGAUUCCUUUCAGUCAAACGCCGUCAUUACAAAUGAGCCCUGCUGCCAUUAGCGGAAACAACUGCGUGUAACUGACUCCCUCCCUAAAAUGUUUAGAACUUGCAAAGUCAUUCUCAAGGGUCAAAAAGCUGCACAGUUGAAAGUAAAUAAUCCAGUUUUGCAGCGCUUUUUUUUUUUUUUUUUUUUUUUAAUUCCGAGUAUUCCAAUUGGCCUAAAAAAUCAUGGAUAGCUCAGCAAGUGAAAAAGUUUGAAAUAUUGUAUGCAGCUCCAAUUUUCUCAUUAUCUAGCGUACUUUAAAUACGAUGUGCAAAUUCAAAAGUAAUUUCAACACACAUUUUGCCCGACAUAAAAAAAGAUUGUCCCACAGUCGAGAUGUAUCACUUCAGCAUACUUCCUUGACACCGACAUAUUACUUUCCUGUUAGACAGAGCUAUGGCGCCAUAUUGCGGUAUCAUAAAGUGCACAAUAGGUUCCGCAAAAAAAAAAUGUGACUAGUGAAUACGUGGGGAUGACCGUACAGUGCAACCGCACACAAUUACAUAUCAGACCUAUUGGUAAACAAACCAAAGCAUCAUGAGGGUGAUCCCAAUUCACUUUGCUUCGUCAGGACAUGUUGGAAAGACUGAAAGCUGGGAAAGUCCAUUUAGGAUAGUUACUGUGUAACAUUGUCCACUUCCGCGCUAAGGAUAGCUUCUUUCUUGCUAGCUCGAUGUUGCCUUAACUUGUUUUUUUUUUUUUAGAUGGGGCCUUUUAGUUUGGACAGUUAGCAGAGCUCGGCCCGUUAUCUCGUGACUUAGAGAAGACCACGCACUGUCCGCACAGAAUCGCAUUUAGGCGGUCCUCACGUGUGGUUUUGUUUUGUUUUUGUUUGUUUGUUUGUUUGUUUUUGUAUCUGCAGGUAAUAAAGACGGAGAAGUGGAGGCUGA